GGGCUGGAGCAAACCUCACCUGUUGUACUGGCCUUCACACAUGACUCAGAAGCAGAAUGAAUCACAGCUCAUAGCAUACCGAGGGUAGGAGGAAAGGCAACCUUGUUGCUGUCUUAAGGCACUGACGGGUGCUCAGAGAAGACGUCUUCAGACAGGAGGGCUUAAAGAAGAAAUGUAGCUUCCUCUCUGCUGGGAACUGCAUGUUUCUGAUUUCAUUGGAUACCACCGAAGUCCACAGGUCCUCAUUUUGAACAAGAGGAUUUGGGACAGCACUGGCUAGUGGCUCUUUGUUCCUGAAGUAUGCACAGUGUAUAGAUUUUGCAGCUUUUGAUGUGAAAAUCUCAUUUGCAAAAAGAAAAAAAUGACAAAAUUGUUCAGGUCCAUCUGCGCACUGAAGAAACACUGGUGAAGGCCUGAUCCAUUCCAGCCACACACACAAAUAUGAAGUUCUUCUGGAUAAUCCCAUUUUUCCUCCUGCAAGACACUGAAGCUUUUCUGAUGAAAAAUGCUAAAGUCAAGCUGUGUUUACAAGCCAGCCAGAUGGAUGGGAAUUUGCUGCUGGAGGACUGUAAUCCAGAGUCAGAUUUCCAGGACUGGUCUUGGCAAGGCCAUUCUUUGAUGAAUCACGGCACGCAGAGCUGCCUCUCUGUGGUGGGGGCUGGCAGUGUGCAGAUGAGUCUCUGUGGCAGCAUGGGCUACACGAGCUGGGACUGCUCGAAUUCUCUGCUUUCUCCUCUGGGCAGCAGCCAGGGCUACCUGGUGGCGAAUAGGAAAGGAGUCGCUCUCAAUAAUGUGAAAGGCCUGAAGGCCCAAUGGCAAGAUGCUGCAGACAGGAGCGUGUGCGAGGAGAAAGCAGCCAAGGCAGAGCAAGGCAGGUACUUCCUUGCAGCCCUUGCCAGCACAGACUCGUACGACCACGUGGCAGGCAACGUGACCCUGGCGCUGGGUGUAAGUGAAGAAGAGCUGGAGGAGCUGCUUUGGUUCUUCCGCAGAGAAGACCCAUCAGCAUGGAAUUACUCUGUCCUUGCGCUUUCCUUCGUGGCCCUGAUUUUGGGUGUUCUCCUGCUGGCCAUUAACAUUGUGCGAAACAGGAAAAGGAAGAUCCACAUGUACGGAGAAGCGUUGCAAACCACCCAGGAGCCUGAGCUGGAAGCCAAGCAAAGCCUGAUGCUUAUGGAGGGAUACAGCCUGGCCAAACUGCCAAAGCAGGAGCCGGUGCCCCAGGAUAGGAGAUCGGGAGAUGUGGUGGUCCAGUGGAAGGACGGGACCGUCACGUCUCUGUACACAGAGAGCUGAGGACGCCAGAUACUGGCAGCUGAAGUCAAACUGUUUAGGCCCUAAAGAAUGUGUCAGGAUGUCUCAAUUCAUAGUGAUGGACGUUUAAAAAUGCAGUUUAACCUGAGGAAACAGAGUGAAAAAAGAAAGCAGCAGAGCUGCACCAGCAGAAGUGGCGCUGGACUCGAGGCAAAGCCGUGCCUGCCCCGUUUCAGCUCCCGGCUGGCUGCCCUUCACCGGCUGCGCUUGGCUGCCUCCCGCCUUCUCCCCCGCGCCAGCUUCCCGCAGAUGCCACCUGCCUCCCGCAAACGGGCGGGAGCCGAGCUGGGACCGGAGGUGGGAGACGGGAGGUGGGAGGCUUUUGCUGUGGCCAGCCUGGGAACGUGCCGUCAUGUCCCGUCAGGAAAACAGCCGCACUGAAGCGGAGGCGCUUGUGUUCUUUUCAGAAAUUGUCUUUAUUAAAAUACUUUCCAAAGUGGUUGAUCGAAA